UGGUGUAGCCGCUUCCUGUGCUGCGCGUCAUUUUCUGUUCUUUCUGCAAAACCAACUGUUGCUCCUACAGACAUGGCUUCUGCCGUGACUGAGAUAGCUACCAGCUUUGUGAUUUUCAUAUACGUCGUUCAAGGAGCCCGAAGCCUCCAGAUACAACAUGAGGAAUCGCUAAAUGCAACAGUAGGGCAGAACAUCAGCCUGCCCUGCAUCGUGUCAGAUGAGGAAAAUAUAAGGAUCAACCAGUUGGAAUGGCAUAGAGAGGGAGAAAGAGGAGAUAACAAAAAACUUGUGGUGUUUAAUCCUCAAUUUCAGCCUUACUAUUUAGAGAAUGUCACACUGCAGCUGGUGAGACAAACAAACACAGUUCUACAAGGCUCCAUCUUGCAUUUGUUUGGAGUUACAGAGGAGGACAAAGGGAACUAUGUUUGUGAGAUCACCUCUUUUCCACACGGAUCCACCAAAAAGGCCACAAAAGUGCAAGUCACAGUGCCAUGGAUCUCAGCGCAAGUAGAGUCCCCAGUCGGGUCUCUGGUAGAGGGGGAUGAGGUGAAGAUCACAUGUGCCAGUCAUCCUCCAGCUGACCGUUACAGAGUGCUGUCUUUACAGAGCAAUUUCUCACUGGAGAGUCAGAGUGGACAUUUCACAAUACAGAAUGUCACUCGCCACUGCAAUGACCUGAUCUGUCGUCCCCUCUGGACCUCAUCAAACCAACACUUGCAAAGCCUCACAGCGCCUGUGCAACUGACCGUGGACUUUCUUGACAGCAUUGAGUGCAAUUCCAGCAGCCAGAUACAGAUUGAGACUGGAACAAAUCUGAUAAUAACGUGUGAGGCGAGGUCUUCAAAACCCUUACAGUACAUCUGGAAUCAGGGGAACAGGAUAGUGUCCCACCAAGCCACUUUAAGCCUGUGGUUAGUGAGUCCUGACCACUCUGGGAUGUACUCUCUGAUCGUCCAUGCAAGAAACCAAAGCCGCCUCCAGAGACGGAGAGAUUUUGUGGUCACUGUAGUCAACAGGACGUAUGCUGAACACCAGAGCACCACCAUUACUAUGGAAACAACAUCCCAGAUCACAGAAGGCACAACUCUGACAACUGCAGAGCCGGGGAUUUCGACAAUGACAUCACAGCCAGGGUAUAUCGACACCACUACUCCCUCUGCUGGAAACAUCACCACAUCACAUGCAAGCUCUACAGCGGCACAUGCAUCGGAGAGCUCAACCACAACCUCUCUGUACACAUCAGCUGAAGGGAGCACACUGUCUGCGGGCUGCUGUCAGAAUGAGACAUCCAGCCCAGGGUCUACAAGAGAAGGAUCCACCCCUGUUCACCCAGAAACCAUCUUCAAGUUCACUUUGACAGAAGAGAACUUCUUAACAACAGUUAAAAAUGUGCAUGAUCAAAGUGGCAGUAAGACACACGCGGUAUAUGUUCUCAUCCCCGUCAUUCUCUUGUUGGUGCUGAUUGGCUUUCUAUACAGGAGGUACCUCAUCCAAAAAAGAAUGGAUAUGCCUCCCCCGUUCAAACCUCCUCCUCCACCAGUGAAGUACACAUCAGUGAGAAGUCAGAACAUACCUGUGACUGACAUCUUAGUAUGAUGACGUCAGGCAUCGACACUGACAGACUGACUGCAAACUGACAGGAUUUUUUUCCACUUCUAAAACACAUUUCUGUACUGUAUCUUUAUGUAACUAUUUCUUCCUCUGGAAAUUACUUUGUAUGUAUUUUUUCAAAAAUAAUUGCAAUAUAUACAAAAUAUAUUUAC